UAACAUUGAAUCAAUUACGGGACGCGGUUUGUGAGACCAAUACAGUCGGAUCGGGAGAGAGGGCGAGCGAGAGGGAAAGAGCGCGGCUGAGCAGGGAAAGUCACAAAAGACGUGGACAUAUUUUGGAUGUUUUACAAUCUGCAGGAUUGGGGCUGCGGGUUGUAAAGGAGAAGCUGUUGGCAGCUAUGGGUACUUACCCACAGGCGUUCCUGCUCCUGGGAUGUUUUCUCACAGGACCAUUCCUAACAUUUUGCCAACUUCCUCUGCCAACUAUUGUUCCCAAAAGGAAUGAAAUGGUGGUACAGCUCUAUUCCAAUUUCACACUCAAAUGCUCUGGGGACAGCGAAGUGAGCUGGCAGUACCCAGUGACCGAGGGGAACCCCAGGAUAGACAUCAGACACGAAGAGAACAACAGCAACCUCCUCGUGACAGUGCUCGAAGUGGGGAACGCCUCGGCCGCCCACACGGGCCUGUAUGUCUGCUACUACAACCACACACAGGUGGAGGACGGCGAGGUGGAAGGCAAGGACAUCUACAUCUAUGUGCCUGACCCAGACAUGCCUUUUGUUCCUUCUAUACCAGAAGACCAGUUCAUCCUGGUAGAAGAAGGUGAUCCCGCAGUUAUCCCUUGUCGGACAAGCGACCCAGAGGCCCAAGUGACUUUAGUUAACAGCUUAGACAAGCCUGUGCAUGCUUUAUAUGACACCAAACAAGGCUUCAUAGGGAAUUUUCCUGCGGGCUCAUACACGUGCAAAACAAUGGUUAAAGGCGUGGAGUUCAAGUCUGAUGAGUUCCUCAUCUAUAUCAUAAGAGCUACUUCACAGCUGCCUGUUGAAAUUGAAGCUCUUAAAACUGUCUACAAAACAGGCGAGACCAUCGUAGUAACUUGUGUGGUCUUUGACAAUGAGGUGGUUAAUUUACAGUGGAAUUACCCUGGGAAAGUGAAAGAAAAAGGUCUGAUAAAGCUUGAUGAUAUCAAAGUGCCAUCACAGAAGCUGGUUUACACCUUGACCAUUCCUGAGGCAUCGGUGAAAGACACAGGGGAUUAUGAAUGUACUGCUCGGCAUGCAACCAAGGAGGUUAAGGAAAAUAAGAAAGUAGCCAUUACAGUUCAUGACAAAGGCUUUGUUCACCUGGAGCCUCAGUUCAGCCCUCUGGAAGCUGUCAACCUGCAUGAAGUCAAAAACUUUGUUGUUGAUGUGCAGGCUUACCCAGCACCAAAAAUGUACUGGUUGAAGGAUAAUGUGACUCUGAUUGAAAAUCUUACAGAGAUUGUUACUACUUCAGGAAGAGUCCAGGAAACAAGGUUUCAGAGUGUUUUAAAAUUGAUACGGGCCAAGGAGGAAGACAGUGGAUACUAUACUUUGGUUGCUGAAAAUGAAGAUGAGAUUAAAAGAUACACCUUCUCAUUGCUGAUACAAGUUCCAGCUCUGAUCUCAGCCCUCGUGGAUGAUCACCAUGGCUCUGCAGGUGGGCAGACUGUGAGAUGCUUGGCAGAGGGGACCCCGCUUCCCGGUGUGGAAUGGCUGGUUUGCAAGGACAUUAAAAAGUGCAACAAUGACACCUCAUGGACCCUUUUGACUAACAAUAUCUCUGAUAUACACAUGGAAGCCCACCUGGAUGAGAAAAAUAUGGUGGAAAGCCAGGUUACCUUCCAGAAGGUGGAGGAAACCCUGGCUGUGCGCUGUGUGGCAAGGAAUGGCCUCGGUGUCGUUACUCGAGAGCUGAAGCUUGUGGCUCCCACCUUGAGAUCAGAGCUAACUGUGGCUGCUGCUGUCUUAGUGCUGUUGGUGAUUGUGAUAAUUUCACUGAUUGUCCUGGUCAUCAUAUGGAAACAGAAGCCCAGGUAUGAGAUCAGAUGGAGAGUCAUUGAGUCCAUCAGCCCUGAUGGCCACGAGUACAUUUAUGUGGACCCAAUGCAACUGCCUUAUGACUCCAGAUGGGAGUUUCCUCGAGAUGGGUUAGUGCUUGGUCGGAUCCUUGGUUCGGGUGCCUUUGGAAAAGUGGUUGAAGGGACUGCAUAUGGAUUGAGUCGCUCCCAACCGGUGAUGAAAGUAGCUGUGAAAAUGCUGAAACCUACAGCUAGAUCCAGUGAAAAACAGGCACUCAUGUCUGAAUUGAAGAUAAUGACACAUCUUGGCCCCCACCUGAAUAUUGUGAACCUGCUUGGAGCUUGUACAAAAUCAGGUCCUAUUUACAUCAUUACUGAAUACUGUUUUUAUGGUGAUCUGGUGAACUACCUGCAUAAGAAUAGGGACAAUUUCCUGAACCGACACCCUGAAAAGCCUAAAAAAGACUUGGAUAUCUUUGGGAUGAACCCUGCUGAUGAAAGCACAAGAAGUUAUGUGAUACUAUCCUUUGAAAACACUGGAGAAUACAUGGACAUGAAACAAGCUGAUACCACUCAGUAUGUGCCAAUGCUGGAAAGGAAGGAGGGCUCUAAAUACUCUGAUAUCCAGAGAUCUGUGUAUGAUCGGCCUGCUUCGUACAAGAAGAAAUCCAUGUCAGAAUCAGAAGUCAAAAACCUUCUUUCAGAUGACAGUUCAGAGGGCCUCAGCCUAUUGGAUUUGCUGAGCUUCACCUACCAGGUUGCACGGGGAAUGGAAUUCUUGGCUUCUAAAAAUUGUGUGCACCGUGACUUGGCCGCUCGUAAUGUCCUCCUGGCUCAAGGAAAAAUUGUGAAGAUCUGUGACUUUGGGCUGGCUAGAGACAUCAUGCAUGAUUCCAACUAUGUCUCCAAGGGCAGUACUUUCCUCCCAGUAAAAUGGAUGGCACCUGAAAGUAUUUUUGACAACCUGUACACAACAUUAAGUGAUGUCUGGUCUUAUGGCAUUCUGCUGUGGGAAAUAUUUUCUCUUGGUGGCACACCUUAUCCUGGCAUGAUGGUCGAUUCUACUUUCUACAAUAAGAUCAAGAGUGGAUACCGAAUGGCCAAACCUGAUCAUGCCACCAAUGAAGUGUAUGAGAUUAUGGUGAAGUGCUGGAACAGUGAACCGGAGAAAAGACCUUCUUUCUACCAUUUGAGUGAAAUUGUGGAGAGCUUGCUGCCUGGAGAGUACAAAAAGAGCUAUGAGAAGAUUCAUCUGGACUUCCUGAAAAGUGAUCACCCAGCUGUCACACGCAUGAGAGGGGACUGUGACAAUGCUUACAUUGGUGUAACUUACAAGAAUGAAGACAAGCUAAAGGACAGGGAGAGUGGAUUUGAUGAGCAGAGGCUGAGUGCUGACAGUGGAUACAUCAUUCCCCUGCCUGACAUUGACCCUGUUUCUGAAGAUGAGCUUGGCAAAAGGAACAGACACAGUUCACAGACAUCUGAAGAAAGUGCCAUUGAAACCGGUUCCAGUAGCUCUACCUUCAUCAAGAGAGAGGACGAGACCAUCGAGGACAUUGACAUGAUGGACGACAUUGGCAUCGACUCCUCAGACCUGGUGGAGGACAGCUUCCUGUAAGGCACGGCCACCCGCCAGCUCUGCACACAGGGAACCUUCCCCAGCUCUCCACAGACUUCUGCUCCACACAGAAAACCACUUUAUUGCAACGUCAAGGAUGUGAAGAGGAGGUGGAUUUGUAGAAAGGAACGCCCAGGAAUGGGCAGAGAACUCAGCCUGAGUAUAAAUGAAAGAGACAUGUUGAAGAUGGAUAUUUUAGUGUUGCUUCUUGCAGUACUUCAGUAGCAUCUCAGUGUUGUUUGCCAUUCCAUCUGGUAGGAGGAUGAAGGGAAAGGCCACAAACAGACUGGUUUUGUGUUUCAAGGGCAUUCAUAUGACUUUGAUGGAUCAAUUUUCCACUGCAGCAAUACUUCACCAUUGUAAUUAUGUAAAUAACUGACUACUCAAGGAUCUUUUGAGGUGCACAUUGAACAAAUGCCAUGGAUUUUAGAAGAGGUCAUUCAUGAAUUCUGUGUACUUCCUCCCUCAAUCUCAAUGUCAGCUGCUGAUGAACUAUCAUGUGAAUUGAAGAACAUGCAAAAACCACUUUUGGACCAAAAAGGUCUAAAACCACAAGGGACUGACCGGUACUAUAAAACAUGUUACUUUCCACCAUUAAUGCAAGUAAAGGGGAAUAAUAAUGAUAAUAAUAAUAAUAAUGACAAUUAAAAUUCAGUCUAUAAUAGGUGUUAGAAACCUAGUAAGUCUUUAUUAACUAUAGAAGGUAGCUGUUUUCAAAAUAAUACUACUACUGUUUUCAGUAACACUAAAUGUAUAUUUUACAAUCCAUUGUCCUUCAGUAAAAGCACAAUAUCAAAACACUUUUUUAAGUGCAGGGGAGAAAUUUCCAGCCCAAAAAAUUUUAUGAAAUUUUCUUUUUGAUCUACACCGAAUGGUAAUUGUUCUGGUUAGCUAAAACUACUUUAACAUGGAGAAAAAAUUUAAGAUUUUUUUCUUUCAUGAGCUGAGUAGCUUUUCUAAUCAGAUGUACUAGAAGCAAUUAGUUUUCUUCUGAUUAAGUGGGGUCCUAAAAAUUUCAAUUAAAAAAAAUUAUGCCAGAUUUCUAAGAUGCUGGAGAAUGGAAGAUUAUGAUAAACCACUAGCAAUACCCCAUUAUUAGUGUUUCAUGGUACUCAAAAGAAAUCUUAUCCUGAGGUU